AUGGGCGCCUUGGCGACGCUGCGCGGCGGCGUGGCAGCUCUGUUCCGCCCUGUCCCUCUGGGAGCGUUGUGGCGCGCGGUCGGCAGCGAGGGCGGCGGCGCUGGCGUUCCACUAGCCUUCGCCGCGGUCAGCCUCGUCGCGUGCCGCGCCCACGUGCCUCCUGCCGCGUGCCGCGCCAUCAGCGGCUGCCUCGCGGCCGCCCUUGCUCCGCCCGGGACUCUUUCGCGCAUGGCCCUCGCUGGGCUCGCCGCCGCAAUCCCGUCCUUCCCCGCUGGCGCCAAGAGAGGCCACCCCUCCCUCGACGUCCGGGAAGGCCCCUGCCGCUUUGACUGGUGCGGCGCUCCUGACACGCAGUGCAGUCCGGGAUGUUCCAGGCCGCGCACUCCCGGGGGGCGCGGGUGCCACCGGCCGCGCUGUCCGUGCAGGGCUCACCACAACCUGCCACCUGCCGAAGCACUGCCCAGCUCCUCCGUGCCAGACGCGCCUGCGGCGCCCGCCGGAGCCGCGCCCGAGGAGCCUUCCAGCGGCGCAACCGCGAGCUCUCAGGCUGGCUUGGAGCGACCCCUGAAAGCGCAGCCCGCUGCAGAGGCACCGGCGCCCACGGCGCGCGUGAACGCGCGGGGCUGGCACCAUCCUGUGAAUUUCGCGGGCCUCGGGGACGAGAUGACUGCGCUCUGGGGCAGCACUUGGGGGCAGAAUGUGCAGGAUGUGGUUGUCGGCGCGGCGCGGAGCUAUGUCGCUUUGCGGAAAUUGCUUGAACUGCACAAGAAGUCUUCUGACCGGUACAAACCGUUCUCCGUCGACCGCUGCUCGGUGGACACGCCGGGCGGGGCUGGGGGAUUUUUCGACUUUCUGCAGAAGAAGAACCCCCGGAAGACAUACAAGCACCCGCUCUACGACAUUCCACUGCCAGUGUCUUUCCUGAACAGCUGCCUCCUGCUCAAUCUCCAUUGCGUCGACCCGGUGGACGACCCGGUCCAGCAGCGAGUGCGCGGUUAUAUCCUGUCGUGUGAUGCAUCGCUUGGCGAGAAAAAUUACUGCGCGACUGUGCUGCGCGCCGUGUUGGUGGUGCGCGCCGCGCGGCAUUGCGAAUGCGCGGCCUGCGUCGAGGGGAAGUCCUUGCUCUCGGAGGCUGACAUCCUCGGGUGCUUCGUGGCUGGGCGGGACAACCGCGACCCCAGUCUCGUCCGGCGGAGCACCAGCGAAGGGUUUUUUUUCUGCGGGAGCAAGUCGGAGUGCCUCCUGCUGGUGGGGGGAUCCAGCGUCCUCGACGCUCUCCCCGGCGGCGACUACGCCGAUGGCUUCGAGCGCAGCGUCGACCUGCUGCUGCGCUUCUUGUCCGACGAGUCGGCGGGGGACGCGGCGCUCUUAGAUGAGAUUUGGAACAUCUAUGCCAACUUCCGCGGGUUCGGCGGGCUGGGCAACGACGCCGACGGAUGGGGUUCAGCGCGUGUGGCCAGGGACGGGCACGUGGCCAUGUACGCCGCCAUGAAGAUCCGGCUGGAGGAUGUGCGCCUGCGGUGCGGCGACGCUGCUGCCUGCCUGGCCGACGUCGACUGCAUGGUUCUCCAAGACAACUUAUGCAAGCUCGUGGGGGUUUUGCAAACGAGCACGACGGGAAACCUCUACGGCAAGGGGCGCGGCAGCGCGCUGUUGGCGCGCGGCGUGGAGAAGAGGGCGGCGGCCCCUGCUGGCGACUCGGGCGACGAGAGCGAGCCGCGUUGA